GGCUACAGCCGGAGCCUGUGAUGAUCCCCCCGGCGCUUCCCUCAAAGAGCCAACUCAACCUAUCUAUUCCUCAGCCUCCAUCACCCUCGGAUAACCCUCGGUACAGCACGCAGGCUAAUGACUCCAGCUCAGACUUGGACUCUGCUUUAGAUAGUAACACGAGCAGCUCAAACUUCGUUACAAAGCAUGAAGAAAUGCAUCUUCCAAACGAUGAAUUGGCAGAUGAUACGACACGGGGGAUAGAAUGGGAGCAAGACCGAUUGCAAGGCUUGCCACUGGAAGUGCGCCUCCAACGGGAACAUGAGAGAGAACUGGAAAGACUGGGCUUGACCUCCGCCGUGUCUAUGUUGGCAAUGGGGCCUUCGCGCUCUCAACUUACCCUUGUGCCUGCAAACCGAGAACGUCCAUAUCAGCCGGAGACUCCGAGAGAUCUCCUUAUAUUGGAUCCACCCUCAGCUUCACAAACUCCGAAAUCCUUGAAGUCGCCUCGUUCUCGUCCGUUCUUAGGAUUUGGACGCCGAGAUCGUGAAUCACACGAAGCAUCUGAGGGGCAGGCCUCAGCACCCUCGAUUCGGCCUACGCGCUCUCAGCUGACUCUCUCGCCCGCAAAGCAGGAGGAUGCUCCUCGACAUGAGGCCGUAGACGAGUCCUCUGGAUCUAGUCCCUCUGCAGAAAGUCAGGAAGACGAGUUGCGUGGCCGUAGCCCGACUCCACAAUCUCCUACACGCGCCAACAAGAGGCUAUUCCACAUAUUCUCUUCUGGGAAGCCCUUCCGAGAUCAACGACCAACUUCUCCAUCAUCUCCCACAUUUUCGUCCUCUCAGCUU